UGUGGAUUCUUCAUGCAGAGUGUGUACCAAUGGAUAAAAGUCUCCUGAAGGAAAGAGUGGAAUAAGAGUUCUCGUUUCAAAAUUUUACUGUCCAUCAAGUGUUAUGAGCUGAAGAUGGUAGUUACCGCUUUGAGAAGUCUAUCCAGGUCUGAAGCCUUUAAAGUAUUAACCAUGGAAGGAGAAACUGAUGAAGUUAUUAUCUUGAAGGCGGAUGGAUACCAGUUCCCUUGUAACAAAAAAAAGCUGAUUGCAUCUAGUGACUAUUUCAGAGCCAUGUUUUCAAGUAACUUCAGUGAAAAAGACAAAGAAGUUAUAAUGCUAAAGGACAUUGAUGGUGAAUGUUUGAAAAUUCUAUUAGAAUAUGCUGAAACUGGUACUUAUAACAUUCCAAGUGAUUGUACUUUAGCUCUGCUCCACCCAAGUAGAAUGCAUUUUUUUCCAGCUCUGGUAGAGUACUUAAGUGAUCCUUCUUUGUUCACUGGACCAAAUGGAGAAUGGACUGUUUGGGAAGCCAUAAAUACCUGGAUUGAGGAAAAUGGAGAAGAAAGGGUCAUUCACAUCAAGGAGCUCCUGACAUGUUUAGAUUUUAAGUGUUUGAGUGCGGAUGAUAUUUCAAACAUGCUGUUUUACAAUGUGAUUUGUGAGAAUGAUGAAUUAGUACAAAUACUCGAAGGUAUCAGAAAAUACAAAAGAGAACAAGUGCCGCAGUGCAGUUAUUUGUCAGGGACUGAUGGUGGUCAAACCAUUAGUACUUUGGGGAAAUCUUCUGUCUCUUUAGAUAGUGACAAGACUUUAGACAUUGAAAAAUUGCAAGAAAGUGUGAAUUUAUUCUUGAAUUGUCUUACAAGAAAGUUGUCCGUUUACCCUAGUGUUGUUGGCUUUAAGCGUUUACUAUCUAACCAGAAAAAGAAAGCAAAAAAUAGUGAUGAUGAAGAUAAUAAUUGUACGUCAAUUUCCAAAGAGUACAAGGAUGUGAUGCCUGUUUUAUAUGUGUUUAACCCAAGUAAUGGCAAAAUACAUGAAGAAUUCCCAUUAACAAAAUUGUGUCAUGGCCCAGUGCUUUGUUCAGGAUUUCAAGUUUGUGCAGUAGGUCCAAGUGUGUAUAUACUUGGUGGUGAGUUCCUCUAUGGCCAUGGGAAUUGGAAUCAUUCCCUCUGGAGAUACAGCACUGCUACAAAGAAGUGGAUUGUUGAGGACUCGUUGCCUAAACCUCGACGUCAUCAUAUGAUGUGUUCAGUUAAUUCUAUUAUUUAUGUUUUGGGAGGUUUUGGUCGACAUAGAGUUGUGCAAAGUUCUGUCAUUGCAUAUGACACAGAAUCAGGGAAAUGGCUGCCUUGCCCUGAUAUGCCUCACUGUGUUAGCAAUGGAGCUGCAUGUGCUUUCAAAGGAAGAGUGAUGGUGUUCACCCAUGAGAUGCAACUGUUAACAUAUUAUCCUUCCACAAGAAAAUGGUCUGCAAUACCUUUACGAUCACCAACUAGACAUGGAUACCGGGCAGCCCUUGCUUGGAAAAAUCACAUAUAUUUGAUAGAUCAUUGUUCAACAAAAGUAUACAGGUAUUAUCCAGAAGGUCACAGUGUGGCAGAGUAUGGGUACUUCCUUGCUCCUCCUGUUAAUGUUUGUAUUGUUGAUGGCAAAAUUUAUAGUUUUAGCCAUGAUGACUUAGAUAAUCAUGUGAUUGAAGUACUAGAUAUUGAAGAUGAUUUGGGAAAUGUAGAUAAUACAGUGGCUGAUGGUGGUAUAAUUGAUAAACAUAAUUGUGAUAAUGGGGAAAGGGGAGAUAGAUGUGAUGCUAAUAUCGCGGUUUCAGAUUACUGUGAAAAAUCAAAAGUAACAAAGAAAGCCAUUGCUUCUAGAGAGGUAUGGAAAGAAGGCGAUGAUGGGCCUCAUAUUUUUACAACAAAGUGCCCUGCCGAUGUCACUUUUUCAUUAGGGUGUUUUCCACUUUUGAAAAUUUAGUACAUUAUAUGAUAUCUUAUAUUUUGAGUCUUUUAUUAUGUUCAUCAAAUGUAAAAGAAAUAAGCAGAUAAUGUGAUAUAUGUAGAUUAGAUGAGUUUUUCUUAUUACAUUGUAGCAUUUACAAUUUAAGUGUUCAUACAAACAAGGUGUGAUCCAACCUCCAGCUUACUCAAGAUGCAUCCAAGAUUUUCCCCUCAUGCACAAGUUGUAAACAUCAUACUAUUCCUAACUUAACGUAAAGUGGUCUUCGUAAUUAACUCAUACUAACAAUAAGGAUUACAUAAAAAGGACACAAAUUGAACACGUUCAUAUAUUCUCAGUUAAAAGUGGAAACAAAAUAAUUGAAGAACAGAAACAUAGCCUAAAUUCACUACACCAAAUAAAUUAAAACAUGCUAAAAUCUACAGUCAAAUAGAACCUUGUUUUACCAACAAAAAUUAAAAUAAAUGUUACAUUUUAUAGAUUAGAAAUAAUUUUUUGUACUGUUUAACAUGCACAUUAUAUAUUUUUUACAUUUUCAUUCUAAUAAAUAAAUUAUAAACAUCCUAUCCUAAAAUUUCUGUAUCUUUAAAUCCAUAUGCAAAAAACCUUUUUCAAACCUUA